AUGGCCACCGAACUUUGGUACCCCUUCUUCGGUGCCCUGGGUUGCACUUCCGCUAUUGUCUUCACCUGCUUCGGAGCCGCCUAUGGAACCGCCAAGGCUGGUGUCGGUGUCUGCGGAAUGGCCGUCCUGAGACCCGACCUGAUCGUUAAGAACAUUGUCCCCAUUGUCAUGGCGGGUAUCAUCGGUAUCUACGGUUUGGUCGUUUCGGUCUUGAUUGCAAACGAUUUGAACCAGAAGGUUCCUUUGUACACAGGGUUCAUUCAGUUGGGUGCGGGUCUUGCCGUCGGUCUCGCUGGUUUGGCAGCUGGUUUUGCCAUUGGUAUUGUUGGAGACGCAGGUGUCCGUGGAACAGCUCAACAGCCCAGACUUUACGUUGGAAUGAUUUUGAUUCUCAUUUUCGCUGAAGUUUUGGGUCUGUACGGUUUGAUUGUUGCUCUUCUGAUGAACUCUCGCUCGAGCAUUGAUGUCCAAUGCUAG